GAUCAAGACGAGGGAAGAGUGGCACUGAUGUUGUGGGAUCUUGUAAACCCUACAGGCUUUCACACUUACACAUUGAGCAGCAUUAGCAAUAGCAGCAGCAGCCAGCCUUGCAGCUCAGCUCUCAAUCUCUUGGCAGCUACAUUGAGAAGAAGCAACAGGCAGAGAGAGAGCCAUGAGCAAUCAGUACCAAGAAGAGACUUCUGAGAGGCCGGAAUGUAAAAGUAAAUCCCCUACCCUGCUCUCCUCUUACUGCAUAGACAGCAUUCUCGGCAGGAGGAGUCCCUGCAAAAUGAGACUGCUCAGCACUCAGAACUUGCCUUCACUGGCCAACAGGACCGAUCAGGACAAAACUUUAGAAGGGUCUCCGAAGAGUAAUGUUACUUUUGAGGCUGAACUGCACCUGCCUCCCAAGUUAAGAAGGUUGUAUGGUCCUGUGGGGACUGGUGGGCGAUUGCACCUCCAAUCUCUGCCUGAUGCUAGGUCUGGAGUCCCCAGAUCGGAUAAGGCUGACCGCCUCUUGCUUGUAGGGGCUGGAGGUGAGGGUAGCUGGGAUAACCAUAGUCUAAAGAUCAGCCAGGCCCCUCAGGUCAGCAUCAGCCGAAGUAAAUCGUACAGGGAGAACAGCGCCCCCCUGCUGAGAGAAGAUGGGAGUCCAGAGGGUCUCCAACAGCAGCAGAUACAGAUUGGUUCCACCGGCUCAUGUACCUCUCUUCAGGAAAGGCUGGGAGCGCUUUCUCAAAGCCCGGGAGGUGAGGAAGAGGAUGAUGAUGAUGAGGAUAUGGAAGAGGAUGAAGAGGAAGAAGACGAAGCUGAGAAGCAACACAACAAUAACAACACCAGCAACUCUAACAGAGGACUUCUGAAGGACCAGCUCCCUCAAUAUCAGCAACAGCAGCAACCAACUUGUGGGACUGAUGGGGACAUUUCUCCAAAAGAGGAGCUUCUACUUCACACCUCGGAUGGUGAUGGCAAGGAUGGAGAGGACAGUGUGUGUCUGUCAGCAGGUAGCGACUCAGAGGAGGGCAUGCUAAAGAGGAAGCAGAGGAGGUACAGGACCACCUUCACCAGUUACCAACUUGAGGAGCUGGAGAGGGCCUUCCAGAAAACCCACUAUCCCGACGUUUUCACCAGAGAGGAACUUGCAAUGCGUCUGGAUCUCACUGAAGCCAGAGUGCAGGUGUGGUUUCAGAAUCGCAGAGCGAAGUGGAGAAAGAGAGAGAAGGCUGGUGCACAGACCCACGCCCCAGGUCUGCCUUUUCCAGGCCCCUUGUCAGCCAGUCACCCCCUUAGUCCAUACCUUGAUGCCAGUCCAUUUCCACCCCACCAUCCUGCCUUGGACUCUGCAUGGACAGCAGCAGCAGCUGCUGCAGCUGCCGCCUUCCCAAGUCUACCUCCUCCACCAGGCUCCACUUCAUUACCCCCUAGUGGGACCCCAUUAGGACUCAGCACUUUCCUGGGAGCAGCUGUGUUUCGACACCCAGCCUUCAUCAGCCCUGCAUUUGGCAGGCUUUUCUCCACCAUGGCUCCCCUUACUAGUGCUUCCACUGCUGCUGCCCUCCUAAGGCAACCCAGUCCUGCUGUCGAAAGUGCAGUGCAAUCCAGUGGCUUAUCAGACCCAGCAACAGCUGCAGCAGACAGACGGGCCUCUAGCAUAGCAGCCCUCAGGCUAAAAGCCAAGGAGCAUGCCGCACAGCUCACCCAGCUGAACAUAAUCCCUGGGAACAACACAGGGAAAGAGGUAUGCUGAAUCAAGAAGAGGACCUCAACAGCUAAAUCAUCAAGACCAAAUUGAGAAAGAGGCAAAGGAAACGUGGACCAGUGACUGUUGGGCCUUGUGUGUCUUGCCGGAUGACUACCAUGACACAACACACAUGACGUCAUGCUUAACAGUAAUAAUGAGUGUAAUUUAUGCAGUUCCCAAGCAGUGCAAUCUGCACACCACCAUCUGUAAAUUCCUUUACUGUUUAGGUGAAAAUGACAUCAUCAUAUGUUAUAAUUGCGUAUUACAAAACGCAAAAAUAUAUAUUUUAUUUUUUCCUUUGGUUAUGCAUAGGCAUUUUUACACAUAAUUUUUCCACAAGGCUAAACUCAUUUAAAUCUUUGCACCACCACCAGCCUCCAACCAUACAUGCUGAUUUCAAACUCAUUAAUGUAUUUGCUGCCAUAUUGGUCUUCUCCCCCAGCCCUUCUUGGUAGUUGAAAGUGUUACAUUAUUCUUGACAUCUUUGAUGGGUUUAAUAAAAUACAUGCAGAGAUACAGUUAUGUUAACAAUAAUGACAAUAAUAAUAAUAAUAAUAAUAAUAUUAUAGUCAGUGCACUUAAAAGAUCUUUGUAUCUUCUUUAUUUCUCUUUCAUAUAUUCUUGUGUUCAUACUCACACCAAGGUUUCUUUUUAUACCAAACCAAAGGGAAACGAACUGUCAGAUUUAUGGACUGUUUGAGUCACUAAACUGUGAUUACUGAUCUUGUAAAUAACAUUGUUAUAAAAAAAAAUUAAGGAAAAAAGAGCUUUGUAUAUUUGAAAUGUUAUAAAAGAAUUGCACUCGGUGUAGUAUUGUAUGAGUUUGUCAAACUGUAGAAUUCUAUCUGUGUUGUAGAUACCAACAGGUCCCUAGCAAAAAUAUUUAUGUACAAACCCUUUAUUUAACUUAUUAACUGUAGAAAUUUCUCAAACCUUCAAGGCAAUGCUACCAUAUAUGUGUAAUGUUGUUCACUUGUCAUUACUUUUCCUGGCUCUGCAAUGGAAAAGUGUCCCACUCAGAAUAAAAAAAUCUAUAUGUUUAACAA